CUCAAUUCAGCGUGUGAGUAACUCACAGCUGUCAAUUCCCUCCCUAUAUAAAGCAUUUCCUCCUUUUUUCCGCUCGUUCAUAAAGGAAUCCGUCGUUGCAACUUAACUCUUAAUUUCCCAAAACACCCUUUACGUCAUGGAAAGUUACAAGAGAAACCACCUCACUUGUGACCACGAGCAUCAAAUAAUGGUCUCCACCCUCAUGCACGUAAUAAACGGUGGACAACCUACCACGUCAGUGUUAACUUCAAGUAGUGGGACCAACAAUGGGUUUUCUUUUAGCGACACGUGUCCUUUCAUAAACUGUAAUGAGUAUUUCGACGGCAUUUUCCCGCCAAGCGGACGCCGACAACAACCAGCCAGAGUCCCAGCAAACAGGAAGCGUUACAGGCGAGUACGGCAGAGGCCAUGGGGGAAAUGGGUGGCGGAGAUUCGAGACCCGAAACGGGCGGUUAGGGUAUGGCUGGGGACGUUCGAUACGGCGGAGGCUGCUGCCAGGGCUUAUGACAGGGCGGCUAUUAGAUUUCGUGGAGAUAAAGCAAAGGUCAAUUUCCCAUUAUCAGAUUACAAAAUGGAGCAAGAAGAAGGAGAAAAAGGAAAGAAGAGAGAAAUUCAAGAAGAGAAAGACAAGAGCAAUGGAGAAAAAGGACAGACUAUUAAAGAAAAUGAAGAGGCAGCAUUGGAAAUAUUCUCUGAGGAAGAGUUUAGGGAGAUGAUGAUGAUGAUGGAUUAACGGCAGCUACCUCCCUCCGCUUCCCGCAUGAUUAUGAUAUAGGAAGGAACGAGUCAAAAACGUUGGCAUACAACUAGUGAAUUUAAAUUAAAAUUGAAUUAAAAUUUGAUAAGUUUGGUCGCUUUAGUUAGGCAGACAGGCAGGGGAAGAGGAUGAUGGUUAACUAUGUGUUUUAAUUAGUCAUGUGUUAAUUAUAAAAGUGUCUGUUUAUCUUUUUACCUUAAAA